CUUCUCAAUUUUGGCGCCCAUUUUUUUUUUUGGCUCAUUACAGUCUUCUCCGUUCUACCAUGGCUGCUCAUCUGGAUACGGACUCAUCGAGCCCAGCAGUUUUCGUCAAUGGCGAGCUUCUGCGCUCGUACGUUGGAAAAAGGGUUCGGGCAGUGGUUCAGGUUAUCCGAACUGAAAAUGGAGCUGUGAUUGGAAAAUCAACAGAUAAUCAUCAGAUUUCUGUGAAGGGUUCUCCGCCGGGCUCUCUCACAAGUUUUGUUGAGGUGAUUGGUAUUGCUGAUGAUGAUAAAUCCAUUCGUGCUGAAGUUUGGACCAAUUUUGGUGAUGAAAUUGACACACAUAACUACAAUCAGCUUUGUCAGCUAUCUAAUGGAGAAUUCAAACACUUGUUCAUCUGAUGAUCAUCAAGGGCAAGUAGUAGUUUUCAAGUUGGCCUUAACUUUUCGCGGUCUUUUUUUAUAAUUUUUUCAGGCGAGACAUCUUUUAAAUUUUUAUGCUUUCUCCUUGUACAAGUCAUGCUGAUGAUUUCAAGUAUGUAUAUGAAUGAAAACUGUGUUCCAAGUUAAACUUUCAAUUUGAGUUUUACAUAUUUGAGUCA